AUGCGGCCUUUGUUCGAAGUGUUACGCCAUCUUUUCUUCGCCAGCUUGGCGGGUACAUGUCACGGCCAAUUUGGCGUGCAAAAUGAUAGGUCGGUUCUCGGUAUUAACAAUGAAUAUUCAGGGGUUUGUUACACCUAUGUCUCAGUGUAUCCCGUCCUUGCAGACGAUGAGUACAUCACCAUCACAAAGCCCUACAGAGGGUCUGUCACUGCCCUGUACACUGUCCCUCCGCAGGGCGAUGAGCCAGGUAUUGUUAUCGUUGAACAGCCAGGUGGCUCUUCAGCGCCCGAAAAUGUAGUGAUUCCUGCGACAGACGAUCGCUCUUAUGUGAUUGUUAUUCGACCAUACAAAGGAGCAAAGUCUAUAUCCGCACCUAUUACACAGGUUGUUCCACCAAGAGAUGGUCGUCCAGGUCAAAUUAUUAUCGAGACUCCAGAGACGGCUGCUGCAGCCCUUACACCAGGAGUCUUGUUUCCGGUAACACUGGAGCCACAAUAUGCGACUGACUAUGUGACGGUUCUACAGCCCGUCGCUGGCACACUGGCAUCACCACAGCUCAUUACCAUCACACCAACUGGUACCAAUAGGGGAUCGGUUAUCGUUAAUAUUCCCGCCUCGUCAUUCAACGGAGGAAACGCUCAAGGUAUCACCCUUCAACCUGAUGCCGAAGGCGACUACGUUACAGUACUACAGCCAGCGGGUGUCUCGUUUACUGGGACUACUCCAAUCCGCAUUACAGUACCACCCAGCGGCGACAGACCUGGUACUAUCAUCAUCCAAACACCCAUCCCAGGCCUUUUGAGGCCAGCGAGUCUCGAGACUCUGGGUUCCAACUCAUUAAGCGCAUUGGGUCUUCUCGCUGGUCAAACGAUUACUAUACAACCGACAGAUGCGACUGGAUACGUGACCAUUAUCGAGCCAGCCGAAGGCAGCGUUACACCAACAGCGCCUAUUCGAACCACGAUUCCACCGACUGGCACCAAGCCUGGCACUGUUUUCAUUCAGACCCCCCCUGGAGGCAAUAAUGGACAACCUGGUGGCGGAGCAAUCACUGACGCUGCUGGUGCAACUAUUCCACCAACGCGCACUCGACCAGAUGGAGCCAUUCCCUACACGACAGUUACUCGAGGUGUGUCCAACGACUUUGGCGACUCCGGUAGUGGUUCUGGCAAUGGUUCAGCUGAUGGCGAUGGCGACGACGAUGGUGGAGAUGGAUCUGAGGAAGAUGAUGACUCUGGGUUUGGAGGGGUUCAAGGUCGUCCAGGACAAGGUCAGGGCAACAACGAAGGUCCACGAGAGACACUCACCAUCCCUCCCGAAGGUGGAAGACCUGGUACCGUUCUUGUAUUGACGCCUGAUGGUCAGAGUGAUUCGCAGACUGAUGAUGACUCUGACGACUCUCCUGGCGGUACUCAGCCUACCGGGGGAUCUGACACAGGGGGCCAAGCUGGCUCCAGCGACGGUGACAGUCAAAGUGGAAGUGGCUCCUCUGACUCCUCUGGCUCUG